AUGGGGUAUGAUUUCUGGAUCCACUACCAGGCAACUACUUUCAUUGGCCAAGCGGAUGCACUGUCACGCUUACAUGAUGCCCACCAGCAAGAACAUGAGGACACAAUCAUUGCCUCGGUCGAGAUCAAACCUGACGGCAAGUAUCUAGUAAGUGAUGCACUGCACGGUCUACCAGUUACCGCAGAAGCUGUACGAACCGAAACGCUUCGGGACCCAGUACUCAAGAAAUAUACAGUUUCACGAAACAACUUGGCAGCGUUCAUAUCCAUCUGUCGAGUUGCAAUAGUACUUCCAGUGGAGACACUCGCUCCCUAUUAUGCACGACUGCACCCUAUUUUCGGAAAUUGUGGUCAUCCCCAAGGCACUUCAGGAGCGCCUUUUUCAACAGUUCCACGCCGGGCAUCCUGGGAUGAACCGGAUGAAGGCGCUUGCCCGCAUUUAUGUAUACUGGCCCGUCAUGAACAACCAGCUAGAAGAAAUAGCUACGCACUGCCAAAAGUGCGCCAAGGUCUUGAAAGCGCCACAAACAACUUAUAUUCAUGGCCAAAAGCUACUAAACCAUGGUGCCGCAUCCAUGUCGACUUCGCAGGACCGAUCAACGGCCGAAGUUUACUCAUUAUAGUCGACUCAUACAGCAAGUUUCCUGAAGUAUUUCUCAUGGAUAGCACAACCACCAAUGCCACUGUAUCAAAACUGCGCCAAACCUUCACCAGAUUUGGCUGUCCAGGGACAAUUGUCACUGCCAAUGGCACAAUUCACUUCGGCAACUUUUACAGUGUGCUGCAAGCAAUGCGCCGUUCAGCACAUUCGCUCGCCGCCGUUUCACCCACAGUCGUAUGA